GCUCGCCGCUGGGUCGGGGUCAUGCUCCCCAAGUCAAACCUGCGGUCAAGGAAGAUGUCUUUCAGCCGGGCAGGUGCUGUCUAAAGAAGAGAACUCAUAAAUUCAUUCUUUGACUUUGACUCUUUCAAACCAAGUCCUUGUAUUCACAAGGCUCCAAUGUUGGUGCCAGGGUGUAAGACAUGGAUCUGCUGCCUUACUCUCGCUGUUCUGGUAGUGUCUGUACGUCAUGCGGAUGGAUCGGCCGGCCCAUCCGGGCCGAACGUGUUAGAAAUUGAAAUGGCCCCCCUACCUCUAGUAAUGCCUGGAGUAUGGGACGGUCAGCAGUCAACCUUUCCGCCUUCUAACGCUGUGAAUGUAGAAAAAAGUGGACAUGACCAUACCCAAACUGGGGCAGAGGAGAAGGAGGAAGGAGCACCACUUGGGAUGGACCUCCAAAAGCUGGAGGAGCGCAGGAAGAAGAGAGGAGCCUGGGGCAUGAGGAGACACGCUGCUACUGUUGAGGCCACUGCAUACAGACUGGCGGGCUUGGGGCGACCCCUAGCGGGCUGGAAGAAGCACAACAGUAAGAAUCAGCUAACUGGGGCCCUGAUGUCUGUACUAAAAGAGCUUCAUACAGAAAAAAACCGGCUGCUGGACGCAGAACAAAACACAAAGGGCAAGAAUGAGGAGGAAGAGGAAGAGGAUGAUGAUGACGAUGAGGAUGAUGACGACGAGGAGGAGGAAGAGGAGGAGGAGGAGGAGGAGGAAGAGGAAGAAGAGGUUUGGGGAGAAGGACAGGAGGAGGAGGAGGAAGAGGAGGAGGAGGAGGAGGAGGAAGAAGGGACUGAGGUCCCCUCCAAUAUGACUCUGGCAGGCUUCAAUAGCUCUCUCCCUGAAGCGUGUCAGCCAACCAAUGGAAUCAUCAGCUGCAGGGGGAUGGGCCUGGCGUACCUGCCAAACAUCUCUGACCUGGAGGUCACACAGCUAGACCUGUCAGAGAACAACAUCAGCCACGUGGCUCCAGCAGCCCUCUCCGGUCUACCAAGGCUGGAGACGUUGGACCUGGGCAGCAACACUCUUGUGGAUGAGUCACUCGGCCCGGAUGCUCUGACCAACCUGACCUCUCUGAGGAGGCUGAUCCUGGACGGGAACCAGAUCACCAUGGUACCGGCCGUCCUGCCGCCCUCACUGGUGGAGCUGAAGAUGAACCGCAACGCGCUGAACGCUCUCGACCCUCACUCCUUUACUGGUUUGGGAAAUCUAGUUUCUCUUGAGUUGCGGGACAAUUCCCUGGACGACAGUACUGUGUCUCCCUCAGCUUUCGAAGCGCUAGAGAGCGUUCAGGAGUUGUAUCUGGACGGAAACCGUCUGCACUCCAUUCCCUGGGGCCUGCCCAACACAGUACAGGUUCUGGGCCUCAGCAACAAUCUCCUUGAGGGAGUAUCAACGGAGGCCCUGAGUGGGUGUAUACAUUUAAAAAAGCUGGAUCUGAGUCGUAACCAGCUGCGCGAUGAAGCUAUCGCUAGCAAAGCCUGGAUCAAACUCACUGCCCUGGAAUCAUUGGAUUUGUCCUUUAACCACCUGGGUUCGAUACCCGAGAACCUGCCCCGCUCCCUUCUGCAUCUAACCAUCCAGCACAACACCCUACGCCACAUCCCUGGCUUCUCGUUCCGCCACCUACGACCGGGUCUCCGCACACUGCGUCUGUCCCACAACGCGCUGGGCGAUAAGGGCGUCGCACACGUCUCUUUUGUGGGAGCGUACCGCUCGCUGACUGAGCUCCACCUAGACGACAACGGGCUCACGGUGGUGCCGCGCAGCAUUCGGCAGUUUAAAAACCUCCAGGCCCUGCGGCUGGAUGGCAACCACAUCAGGACGGUGAAGCGGUGGGCUCUGUGUCCUCCACGUAACGCGGGCUCCAGCCUGACCUCGCUCCACCUGGAGAACAACCUGCUGAGGGAGGACCGCCUCCCCCCCAGGGCCUUCUCCUGCCUCCCGGACCCCCAGGGGCUGGUCCUGCAGCCACAGAGGGCCCCCACGCCGGACCUAUUAUAGGCUCAGUAGAGCACGACCUUAAGGCUGCUGAGACGUGCUUCUGUAUCUGUGAGUCUGCAUACGUAUGGCCAGGAUUCUUGAGAGCUGGGAAAAGCCAGGCGUGUUUUGGAGAGCCCUAAUGAUGUUAGCGAUAGGGACAGGGGGUCGGCCGAUGUUAGCUCGACCAAUGAUACAUAUCACCUUCCAGACACGUAACGCACCCAGUCGUACUAGACACAUUUAGUCCCAAAAUGCCCAGGGUCAACUGCAACCCCCUCCACAGAAUGGCGAUCUUUGUGACGUAGUCUAUGGCCGGAUGCUGACUAUGAUUUGGUUAGCAUCCGGUGUAUGUCAGCUAUCCAAGUGGUCAACAAUCAAAACAACCCCAAAACCUCCCUGUCCUGAUAAACAGCCACAGAAUCUCUACUUCAUCAUCCAAUGCUCUACUCUGAGCUCUGCGUUCAUCUUGUCUGCUUAGCUUGUUCCAUUACUCAAGAAUCAGUUGUGUGUGUGUGUGUGUGUGUGUGUGUGUUUUGUGUGCAGAGUGCAGACAUGUGCAUAGGUGUCAGUCAAGACACAUGUAAUGUUAACAUACUCUGCAAAGAAUGUGUGCAAAAGCGUGUUUUAGCAUUCUUUUGGCAAUGCAGGUUUAUUUAUAUAUCGCCACCAUUCAAAGUGCUUUUUUAGGUAGGAAAUCACAUUUUAUGUUUUUUUUUGUUAAUAAAUAUAUACUGCUGCUUUCACAUCUGUAUCCUACCAAGAAUCAAAGAAUGCACAUCCGUGUCUUUUUGAAUUUCAUUGUCCUGUAUUUGGAUCCUGUGAUUUAAAAAGAAAGAAAA